CCGGCACCGCGUCCGGCUCACCUGCCCGCCCUGGCGGGGUGACCGACCGACUCGUCUCCCCGACCGGCGGCUUCGGGCUCUGAGGCUCCCACACCAAGGUCAAGGCCACCAGGAACCUCCCGGGUUCUGUCCGGGCCCGGAGCCUUCUGUGGGGAUGUUCCACCUCCGAGAGCCUCCUCGGAGGAGCUGAAAGCGGCCUACCGCAGGCUGUGCAUGCUGUACCACCCCGACAAGCACAGAGACCCCGAGCUCAAGUCACAGGCGGAGCGACUGUUUAACCUCGUCCACCAGGCUUAUGAAGUGCUUAGUGACCCCCAAACCAGGGCCAUCUAUGACAUCUACGGGAAGAGAGGCCUGGAGAUGGAAGGCUGGGAGGUUGUGGAAAGGCGGAGAACACCUGCCGAAAUCAGGGAAGAGUUUGAGCGGCUGCAGAGAGAGCGGGAAGAGAGGAGGCUGCAGCAGCGAACCAAUCCCAAGGGCACCAUCAGCGUGGGCAUCGAUGCCACUGACCUCUUUGACCGCUACGAGGAGGAGUACGAAGACGCGUCCGGAAGCGGCCUUCCGCAGGUCGAGAUCAACAAGAUGCACAUCUCCCAGUCCAUUGAGGCGCCUCUGACAGCUACAGACACAGCCAUCCUCUCUGGAAGCCUGUCGACCCAGAACGGGAACGGAGGAGGCUCCAUCAACUUCGCACUCAGGAGGGUCACUUCUGCGAAGGGGUGGGGAGAGUUAGAAUUUGGAGCUGGGGACCUGCAGGGCCCUUUGUUUGGCCUCAAGCUGUUCCGGAAUCUCACGCCAAGAUGCUUUGUGACGACACACUGUGCCCUGCAGUUUUCGUCCCGCGGCGUCCGGCCCGGCCUCACCACCGUGCUCGCCCGGAACCUGGACAAGAACACAGUGGGCUACCUGCAGUGGCGCUGGGGCAUCCAGUCGGCCAUGAACACCAGCAUCGUCCGCGACACCAAGACCAGCCACUUCACCGCGGCCCUGCAGCUUGGGAUCCCUCACUCCUUCGCCCUCAUCAGCUAUCAGCACAAGUUCCAGGACGACGAGCAGACCCGCGUGAAGGGCUCUCUCAAGGCGGGUUUCUUCGGGACGGUGGUGGAGUACGGAGCGGAGCGCAAGAUCUCCAGACACAGCGUCUUGGGCGCGGCCGUCAGCGUCGGAGUCCCACAGGGCGUUUCCCUCAAAGUCAAGUUAAACAGGGCCAGUCAGACCUACUUCUUCCCCAUCCACCUGACGGACCAGCUGCUGCCCAGCGCCGUGUUCUACGCCACCGUGGGGCCCCUCGUGGCCUACUUCGCCAUGCACCGACUGAUCAUCAAGCCGUACCUGAGGGCUCAGAGAGAGAGGGAAUUGGAGAAGCAGAGGGAAAGCACAGCCACCGACAUCCUACAGAAGAAACAGGAAGCAGAAGCCGCUGUGCGGUUGAUGCAGGAGUCUGUCCGAAGGAUCGUCGAGGCAGAGGAGUCCAGGAUGGGGCUCAUCAUCGUGAACGCCUGGUACGGGAAGUUUGUCAACGACAGGAGCAGGAAGAGUGAGAAGGUGAAGGUGAUUGACGUCACGGUGCCCCUGCAGUGCCUGGUGAAGGACUCGAAGCUCAUCCUCACCGAAGCCUCCAAGGCGGGGCUGCCCGGCUUUUACGACCCGUGUGUGGGGGAGGAGAAGAACCUGAAAGUGCUGUACCAGUUCCGGGGCGUCCUACACCAGGUGAUGGCGCAGGACGGCGAGGCCCUCCGGAUACCCAAGCAGUCCCACAGGAUUGACACGGACGGGUAAACUGCUGAGAGAGCAGAGUAGAGAGAGGCUGCGAAAACUCUUCCUGGGAGUCUAAAAUUUGGAAGCAAGGGAAAACCCAGAUACCAGACGUCUCUAUUACCCCUGUAGAAGGCGGCGCCGGGCUUUACGCGAAGGCCGCGCAGCCCCGCGGGGUGCUGUGGGAGGCGGAGGCCGCCCGCCGUCCGCCCCCCAGGAUCGCGGCCCUGGGGCGAGGCGCCCCGGUCCUCCGGGCUCCCUCCCGAGCGGACGGCGCCCCGUGUCGCCUGCCCCGCGGUAUUUAUGGAAACCCCGCCCUCGCACGACGUGAGCCACCGCCGGCGCCAGGCCGGACACCAGGCGGCCGGCGCAGAGGCGGCGCCCGCGGCUCUCCGGAUGAGUGAGCUUCCCGGGCCGCCGCUUCCCGCCAAAUGCCGCUCAGUGAACCUGGAGAGGACCGCGUGGGUUGAUAAAUCUGCUUUUUAUCUGAGAGUGAAUGGUUUUGGAAAUGAGUUUCUUUUCUCCUCCCAGAACUUCUCAAAGCAUUCCGCAGGCACGGGCUUGGCAGAGUGGUGUCCUCCUGCGCCUCUCCUGGGCCACCCCCAGGGCAGGGGGAGCUCCGGACCAGGGCUGAAGGGGCCUGGGUUCGCCCAGCACCCACUGCCCCAGCCCUGGCGGCCUGCUACUCGCUCCAGGUGGCCAGCAGGUGGCCCCAGGCCCCGGCGCCCCACCCCUGGGCCUUCACGAGCCUCUGGGCCCCAGACCCCGUGCUUGUCCUGACUUCCCUGUGAGCAGAGGGGCCCCAGUGCGCCCACUGCCGCUGUGGCCGGGCUCACGGCUCACACCCUCCUGCCCGGGAGGCCCAGGUGCCCGGUUCUGUGGGGCCGGCACCACCCCAGCCCACGCUGAAGGGGCGGUGCAGGGUGCUGUGCCAGCUAACCCGACGACUGCGUGUCCAUCUCCCUGUUUGGAAUAGACUGUACAGAGGCGCCUCCCCCACAAUAAACUCUCCUGGACACCA